AUGCCGCCAUAUGACUAACAAGUUCUUGGCUAUAGAAAACAAAACGUCCAGUUCUAAGUGGAAGGAAAAAAAAACGAAUAUCUGACUUCAAAAACAUGAAGAAAUCAACAAUAUAUUCAAUACUAUCAGUGUUGCACAUCUUUGCUCUUCAUCUUCAAUCAGAGGUCAACUCGUUCGCUACUACUCGUGAUCAUGAUUUUCGCUACAUGAGAUUUGUGUAUAACGCCAGUGAUCCACGGUUAGAAGCAUCGUAUGACUAUAUUGUCAUUGGUGGAGGAACAGCAGGUUGCCCACUAGCAGCAACUUUAUCAGCAAACUACUCAGUGCUCCUUCUAGAAAGGGGCAGUAUUCCUACAGCAUAUCCGAGCGUCUUGCGUGACGAUGGGCUUCUAACUACUCUAAUGCGGGAAGAUAAUGGCAAGACACCAGCUCAAAAGUUCACAUCAGAAGAUGGUGUUCCUAAUGUCAGAGGCAGGGUCUUAGGUGGGUCAAGCAUGAUUAAUGCUGGCUUCUACACCAGAGCUGACAGGGAUUUCUUUAUGAAAUCAGGGAUUGAGUGGAACAUGGAUUCGGUUUAUAAGGCAUAUCGGUGGGUUGAAGAAACUAUUGUGUUCCGCCCAACUAUGGAUCCCUGGCAAUCUGCUGUAGCAAAAGCAUUGUUGGAGGCUGGUGUUGAUCCAGACAAUGGACUUAAUUUGGAUCACAUUAAAGGAACUAAAAUUGGGGGUUCGACGUUUGACAACAAUGGGAGAAGACAUGGAGCUGUGGAGCUGCUUAAUAAGGGAGAUCCGAACAAAUUGCGAGUUGCAGUUCAUGCCACAGUAGAGAAGAUCCUCUUCUCUUCCAAGGCAUCAAGUUUGUCAGCUAUUGGAAUCAUGUAUAGUGAUUCGAACGGGAGGUCCCAUUGUGCAUAUGUACGCAGUCAAGGGGAGGUUGUAUUGAGUGCCGGUGCAAUUGGGAGCCCUCAACUUCUACAACUUAGUGGUAUUGGCCCAGAAUCUUAUCUGUCAUCUCUUAAAAUCCCAGUUGUUAGUCCCCAUCCAUACGUUGGGCAGUUUAUGUAUGACAAUCCUCGUAACUUAAUUAACAUUUUGCCCCCAUUUCCACUAGAGCCUUCACCUGUGAAGAUUGUAGGUAUUACAAGCGAUUUCUACAUAGAGAGUCUCUCCGGUUCUCCAUUUUCUACUCCACCAUUUAGUCUUUUUCCUAAUCCAUUUAAUCCCAUAAAGGUUGAUUCGAGUUUCGGACAAAUUGUUAUCAAAGUUCCAGGACCCAUGUCAUAUGGUUCUCUUAGGCUGCAAUCAUCCUCUGACGUGAGAGUCAACCCAAAUGUCAAAUUUAACUACUAUGCACACCCGUUGGACCUUUCUCGUUGUGUUAGUGGCAUGAAAAAGAUUGGCGAAUUGCUAAGGACAAACUCAUUGAAACAAUUUAAGGCUCAAGAUCUGCCGGGUAUAGAAGGUUUUAAGUUUUUAGGCCUAUCCUUACCAAAGAACCAGACAGAUGAUGUUUCCUUUCAGACAUUUUGCCGAAGUUCAGUGGCAACAUUUUGGCAUUACCAGGGGGGAUCCAUUGUUGGAAAGGUUGUCGAUAGCGGUUUGCGUGUUUUGGGGAUCAAUGCAUUGCGUGUUGUGGAUGCAUCCACAUUCAAUUUCUCACCGGGGGCGAAUCCUCAGGCCACCCUUAUGAUGUUUGGCAGGUAUGUUGGCCUUAAGAUGCUGCAAGAAAGACCAGCCUGAAAGGAAAAUCUAUUAAGAAGUCAAGUAGCUUACGGUUUGGCUAGAAAAAGGGUAUAGUGGUGCUUUGAAAAAAUAAAAAACUACUUAUGCUAGAAU